AUGCCGGACACUUACAAACUGCUGGACAAGGCCGGCGCAGCUGCGGCCUUCACAGUCGACAUGCUCAUAUAUCCUCUCGACACGCUGAAAACACGGUAUCAGAGUCAAGAUUUCAUAAAGUCUCCCGUCUCAAGACCCCUUGCCUUGCGUGGCCUCUACCAAGGAAUCGGCAGUGUGAUACUUGCCACUUUACCGGCAGCCGGCGUCUUCUUUUCGACAUACGAGACUGCAAAGGGGGUGUUCGGGCGGCAUCUACCCGUGCCCGAGCCGAUAACCCAUUCACUGGCCUCAGGAGUCGCUGAGAUGGCUUCGUGCCUCGUCUUGACACCAGGCGAAGUAAUCAAGCAAAACGCUCAAAUGUUGCAAGCCGAAGGCUCACGUAACUCGACGUCAUUGAUGGCAUUCCGCCGCCUGCUCACGACGGGCUCUGCUGGCGGGCUGUUUACAGGGUAUUCGGCGCUGGUUGCACGUAAUCUGCCCUUUACCGCACUUCAGUUCCCGCUGUUUGAGAAUCUACGAACACGCCUAUGGGAUCGAAGAUUACGUUUGAGAGAGAAUCAGACGAGGGGCGUAGGAGAAACGGGGCUGAUUGCCGGAGCCAGUGCUGGAAUGGCUGGAGGUCUGGCUGCAUUUGUGACUACGCCGAGCGAUGUGAUUAAAACACGGAUGAUGGUGAGAGUGGAUAGCGGGGAUGGAAGGAAUAAAGCGCAGCAGCAUCGUAGAGGAAUGUCCAUUAUGAGGAUUAUGAACGAUAUCUACCGUGAGAGAGGGAUCCGGGGCUUCUUUCGUGGAGGAGCAUUUCGCUGUGCUUGGACGGCGGUGGGCAGUGGUUUGUAUCUGGGCAUGUAUGAUGCCGCAAAGCUGUGGCUUGAAAGAAGGCAGUAA